AAAAGAACUGGCACUGACGAAAGGUGAAGGCCACUCAAUGAGGCUCAAACUAUCCAAUUAUCCAUCAAUUACUUUUAUCUUCUGGACAGUAAUCCUAAAAUCGAUAAGACUACAUAAAUUUUGUUAUCAAAUUUGAUUUCUUUAAAUAAUUCUCUUAUCAACAUUUUGUACUAAAUGCAAUGCGUAUAAAAUUGAGAGUUUAUCGUUGAGCACGUCUAGUUGAAUUUUAGUCGUUGUUUGAAAAAUAUUGAAAUAAAUUGGUUUUAUUGAAAAAUUAUUGAUAUUGGUUUUAAAACAUAACCACAAAGCCCUACAACAAACAAAAUGGCUGAAGCAUUUCAAGCAACCCAUUAUGGAUCCUCUAGGAUUCAUGAUCCUACUGAAGAAAAUCACGACAAAGCAGUAUUAAAGCUCCUGUGGCGAUCUGGAUGGAGAUCAUACAAGAAAAAGUCAGGAAAAUUUAAAAAUUCAGUAAAAAAUUUAAUUUAUCCAGCACAUAUUGACACAGUUUUUGUGCUGAUUGGAGCAAUAAUGGUUGUUCAUUUUGGAGGAAAUAAUCCUAAAUGGUCUUUAGGGAGUGUUGAUAGAUUAACUGCUUAUAUGCCAAGCUCAUCAUAUCUCUGGCAAGUUGUGUCAUGCAUCAUAAUUGGAUUUACAAGCUGGGUUGUCCUUACAAUUGUAUUAAAAUUAAUAUUGAAAAUCUUAUUGCAAUAUCAAGGAUACAUGUUUGAAGGAAGGGGAGCUAAAGUUAGUUUGAAGACUAAAAUUUGGGCUGCAACUCUGAAAGGAUUCAUCAGAUUAAAUCCACCACAACUUUACAGCUUCCAAAGUCUCCUUCCUCGUCUCUCAGUUCCACCACUCAAGGAUACCAUCCAAAGAUAUCUUCGAUCAAUGCGUCCAAUUGUUGAUGAUGAAAACUAUCAGCGACUUAAAAGAGAAGCUGAAGAUUUUGAGAGUGGAAUUGGGAGAAAGCUUCAAAAAUAUUUAAUCUUAAAGAGCUGGUGGGCACCAAACUAUGUAUCUGACUGGUGGGAAGAAUAUGUUUACCUAAAGAGUCCUGGUCCAUUGAUGGCAAAAAGUAACAUCCACUUUACUGACCAUAUUGCACAUCCAACAACAAAACAAACAGCCAGAGCUGCGAAUGUGACACAUAUGUUUAUUGAAUAUAGAAAGAAACUUGAUAAGCAUGAGAUUGAACCACUGCUGGGACAGGGUAUGGUUCCACUGUGUUCUAUGCAGUAUGAACGCCUCUUUAACACAACUCGCAUUCCAGGUGUCAAUGGCGAUAAGAUUGUUCAUUUCGAGACUUCUGAUCACAUUGCAGUUCUUCACAAAGGCUGCUGGUACAAAGUAAAGAUUCAUCAUAAUGGAAGGAUCCUUAAACCACUUGAAAUUCAAUAUCAAUUUGAUCAAAUUGUCAACUCAAAUCCAGUCUCAAGUCACGGAGAGAAAUAUCUUGCAUCCUUAACAUCAUGGGAACGUCCAAAAUGGGCAGAAACAAGGGAUAAAUAUUUUUCAAAAGGAAUCAACAAGAAAGCAUUGCACAUUAUUGAAUCAGCUGCUUUUGUGAUGGUCCUGGAUGAUGUUCCAUAUGAGAGUGAUUUCGUUAAUCUCACAAAUCCAGAGAACCUUCAUAAAAUUGGAAAGCAUGCAAUGUGCGGAAAUGUUUAUGACAUUUGGUUUGAUAAGACGUUUACUGUUAAUAUUGGAACUAAUGCUAAAUCAACUUGCAAUGUAGAGCACUCUUGGGCUGACGCUUUAGUCAUUUCAAGAUUAUUUGAGGAAACCAUGAUCUAUGAUAUCCAUGACUAUGACAGUGAAGGAAAUAUCAAAUCAAACAAAGAAUUUGAAUACAAAAUCAAACCUAGACGGCUUGAGUGGGAUUUCACAAAUGAAGAUUUAAUCAGUAGAAUUGAUCAAGCUUACGAAGAUGGAAUGAAGCUUUACAAUGACGUCGACUUCCAAAUCGUUGUCUUCACUGAAUUCGGUAAAGGCUACAUAAAAACCUGCAAACUUUCACCAGAUGCAUUUUGUCAAAUGGCUUUGCAACUUGCUUUUUUCCGAGAUUUUGGUAAAUUCUCAUUAACAUAUGAAGCAUCAAUGACUCGUCUAUUCCGUGAUGGUCGUACUGAAACGGUUAGAGCUUGUUCAAUUGAAUCAUCAGCAUGGGUAAGAGCUAUGGAAGAUCCAAAAUCAACAACAAAAGAAAAAGUUCGAUUACUAAAAGUAGCAUGUGAAAGGCACCAAAAGGCGUACUUAGAAGCAAUGACAGGAAAAGGAAUCGACAGACAUUUAUUCUGUCUCUACAUUGUUGCUAGGUAUUUAGAGGUUAAGUCACCAUUUUUGGAAGAAUUACUGAGUGAACCAUGGAGAAUGUCAACAAGUCAAACACCGCAUGGUCAGUCGCCGAGAAUUUUAGAAGAGCUUAAAAAGUAUCCAGAAUUAAAGGGAGGUGCGGGUGGAUUUGGUCCAAUUUCUUAUGAUGGUUACAGCAUCUCAUACAUCAUUACUGGAGAGGAUAGAAUAACAUUAUCACUAGCGAGCUAUAAGAGCUGUGACCUCACGAGUACGGAUCGAUUUGGAAAGAGAAUAAUGCAAGCUUUGAUUGAUAUUAAGGCAUUGAUGGAGCAAUAUAAAGCUGAGAGUGGGAAAUGAUCAAUUAUUUUUGGAUG